AGAACAAACGAAUGGAGCUACUGAUCAGGAUAGCGAAUACCUUGCAUUGAUGGAAAGAAUAAGCGAAAGGAAAUUUUACCGCGCUGAGAGGCUGAUACGCAGCCAAGUUGUUAGACCAACUUUAAUGUGGGAGAAAUGGGAAGAAGAGAAUGACAAAUGGCUUGCAGAACAUUAUCCCAAUGAUUUGGACUUAGAUAAUCAGAAUGAGUUAGUUUGUGAAACAGCGGAGCCACCAUCAAGUAUGACUGUGCCACUGUUUAGGUACCAGAAGGAGUGGUUGUUUUGGUCACUCAAGCAAGAAGAAUCUUCGACCAAAGGGGGUAUUCUCGCUGAUGAGAUGGGGAUGGGGAAAACUAUCCAAGCGAUAGCACUUGUGCUUGCUAAACGGGAAUUAGGGAAACCAAUUAGUGAAUCCAGCUUAUUGUCAUCUUCACUCAGUACAACACAGGAACUCCCAGCAGUAAAAGGCACUCUUAUCAUAUGUCCUGUGGUUGCUGCCAUUCAGUGGGUUAAUGAGAUCAAUCGAUGCACCAGUGAAGGAAGCAACAAGAUUCUUGUUUAUCAUGGCAACAAAAGGAAUCAUAUCCACAAUAUUGAGGAAUAUGAUUUUGUCAUCACUACUUACUCCACUGUUGAGGCUGAAUAUAGGAAAAAUGUGAUGCCGCCAAAACAGAAGUGUCAGUGGUGUGGAAAAUCUUAUUUUGAAGACAAGUUGUCCAUUCACCAGAAGAAGUGUGGACCUGAUUCUGUUAAAAAUUCCAACCAGUCAAAGCAGCAGAGGAAGAAGUUAAAACUUGGGGUAGAAUUGUUGAAGCAGGAAACAGAUUCUAUGGAGUCAGAGACUAUUAUGCAGAAAACAGAUUCUACGGAUUUAGAGGCUAAUGUGCAGAAAGCAGAUUCUAUUGAGUCAGAGACCGAUGUGCAGAAGACAGGUCAUAGGAAGAGCAUGAAGCAUAGCAUGACAGAAGAAGGGAAGAAUGAUGGUUCUAUUAACAAUUCAGCAAGUGUGUGCCAAGAUUUGUCACGGAAGAAGUCGAUUUUGCAUUCAGUAAAGUGGGAUCGCAUCAUCUUGGAUGAGGCUCAUUAUGUAAAAGGUAGGCGCUGCAACACAACAAAAGCUACUCUUGCUUUGGAAUCUUCUUAUAAGUGGGCCUUAAGUGGUACUCCGAUUCAGAAUCUUGUUGGAGAAUUGUAUUCACUUGUCCGUUUCCUACAAAUAGUACCCUACUCUUUUUACUUUUGCAAGGAUUGUGAUUGCAGAACACUCGACUAUAGCUCUACAGCUGAGUGCCCACGAUGCCCCCACAAAUCUGUACGGCACUUUUGCUGGUGGAAUAGAUACAUUGCUACUCCUAUAAAACGUGAAGGGAAUUCUGGGAGUGGUAGAGAUGCAAUGUUUCUUUUGAAACACAAAAUUCUAAAAAGCAUCCUACUAAGACGUAGCAAAAAAGGAAGAGCUGCUGAUCUUGCACUUCCUCUGAAAAUUGUAACUUUGAGAAAAGAUUCUUUGGAUAUCAAAGAAGAAGACUACUACAUGUCGUUGUACAAUAAAAGCCAGGCACAGUUUAAUACUUAUGUUCAAGCUGGAACGGUGAUGAAUAACUAUGCACACAUUUUUGAGCUGCUCAUACGCCUACGGCAGGCAGUUCUUCAUCCUUACCUUGUGGUAUACUCGAGUACUGCUUUGGCAAAAAUUGGGAGCAUGGACUCUGGAAAUAUUGAGCAACCUUGUGGAUUAUGUCAAGAUACAGUAGAAGAUCCAGUAAUUACUUCUUGCAACCAUGCCUUUUGCAAGACGUGUUUGAUAGACUUCGCUGCAAGUGUGGGACAAGUAUCAUGCCCUCUGUGUUCUGAACUACUUACAGUUGACUUAAGUGCAAAUAAUGAUAAGGCGGAUCAGAAAUCUAAACCGACUCUCAAAGGAUUUAGGUCCUCAAGCAUAGUGAACAGAAUUCAGCUCGAUGAUUUCCAGUCCAGCACUAAAAUAGAUGCAUUGAGGGAAGAAAUCAGGUUCAUGAUUGAAAGAGAUGGUUCUGCAAAAGGAAUAGUUUUCAGCCAGUUCACUACAUUUUUGGAUCUGAUACACUAUUCUCUUCAGCAGUCGGGCAUCAAUUGUGUUCAAUUAGUUGGAUCCAUGUCUAUUGCUGCAAGAGCUGCAGCAGUUACCAGAUUUACUGAAGAUCCAGAUUGCAGCAUUUUUCUUAUGAGCUUGAAAGCUGGAAGUGUUGCACUCAACCUUACAGUUGCAUCACAUGUUUUCAUAAUGGAUCCUUGGUGGAAUUCUGCUGUGGAGCGCCAAGCCCAAGAUAGAAUCCAUCGAAUAGGACAAUACAAACCUGUUAGGAUUGUGAGAUUUGCGAUUGAAAAUACAAUUGAGGAGAAGAUCUUAAAGUUGCAGGAGAAGAAGGAACUUGUUUUUGAAGGGACAAUUGGUGGCUCUUCAGAGGCCUUUGGGAAACUAACGGAAGAAGACUUGAAAUUCUUGUUUGUGACUUAAAUUGGACUAUGUUCUGUUCUUUGGUUUAGCAAACAAAAUUCACUUGUAUUUUGUUUAGCUUCUAUCACAAAGUAUGUACAUAGACUUCUGAAUUUAGCCAUUAGGAAGGCUGUAUUGCUUUUGAUUUGUCCAGGGGAGUUUAUGUUUGUUUUGCAUUA